GCCUGUUCAAUGAUGGCGGAUGUGGAUCAGGAGCACGUACAGGACCAGAAGGCCGACCGGGACAAGGUCCUGAACGGCGAGGCAGAGGAGAAAGAGGAGGCAGAGCCAGCCGAGGAAACGGCGAAAAAGAAGAGGAAAAAGAAGAAGAAGAGCAAGUCCGCAGCUCCAGAGGCAGAGGCGGAUGGAUUGGACGAAGUGACCAAACAACUGGAGAAACAGGCUUUAGAGGAGAAGGAGGAGGAUGGGGAGGAUGAUGGAGACGAUGGAGAAAACGCAUCAGGGAAAAAGAAGAAAAAAAAGAAGAAGAAGAAAGGACCCAAAACCCAGACUGACCCCCCAUCUGUGCCCAUCUGUGAGUUGUACCCAAAUGGUGCAUUCCCCAUUGGACAGGAAUGUGAAUACCCUGCCUCCCAGGAUGGUCGCAGUGCGGCGUGGCGCACGACCAGUGAGGAGAAGCGUGUGAUGGAUAAAGCCAAUGAGGAGGUGUGGAGUGACUUCAGACAGGCUGCCGAGGCCCACAGACAGGUCCGCCAGCACGUACGGAGUUUCAUUAAACCCGGCAUGACUAUGAUCGAAAUCUGUGAGCGGUUGGAAGACUGUUCUCGGAAGCUGAUCAAGGAGAAUGGGCUGAAUGCAGGUCUGGCCUUCCCCACCGGCUGCUCCCUCAACCACUGUGCUGCCCACUACACCCCCAACGCCGGAGACCCCACUGUUCUGCAGUACGACGACGUCUGCAAGAUUGACUUCGGCACGCACAUCAACGGGCGGAUCAUUGACUGUGCCUUCACUGUCACCUUUAACCCAAAGUAUGACAAGCUGCUGGAGGCAGUGAGAGACGCCACCAAUACUGGAAUUAAGAAUGCCGGAAUCGACGUGCGUCUGUGUGAUGUCGGAGAGGCAAUUCAGGAAGUGAUGGAGUCGUAUGAGGUCGAACUUGAUGGGAAAACAUACCAAGUGAAGCCAAUUCGAAACCUUAACGGUCAUUCAAUCGGCCAGUACAGGAUACACGCUGGCAAGACGGUGCCCAUCGUCAAAGGAGGAGAAGCAACAAGGAUGGAGGAGGGAGAGGUCUACGCCAUAGAAACAUUUGGAAGCACAGGAAAGGGUGUGGUCCAUGAUGACAUGGAGUGUUCUCAUUACAUGAAAAACUUUGAUGUCGGCCAUGUCCCCAUCAGGCUCCCCAGAGCCAAGCACCUGCUGAAUGUAGUCAACGAGAACUUUGGCACGCUGGCUUUCUGCCGACGCUGGCUGGACCGCCUGGGUGAAAGCAAAUAUCUGAUGGCACUGAAGAACCUGUGUGACCUGGGCAUCGUGGACCCCUACCCUCCCCUCUGUGACUCCAAGGGCUGCUACACCGCUCAGUUUGAGCACACCAUCCUGCUCAGGCCGACAUGCAAGGAGGUGGUGAGCCGGGGUGAUGACUACUGAGACACCCUCACGCAUACACGAACCCUCACCACACACUGCCUCCAAACCUUGUUUGUUAUUCCUUCUCCAGACAAUAAACCCAUGCAGACAUGACCCCGGCUCUCGGUAAAGAGCCUCUAAAAUAGGAACUGUUUGUGUCAUUACCCUUGGCAAAGAACAGAAGUGAGGGGAUACCAAAUGCCCUGUAAAGUAUCCACAAUGCAUUUUAAGCACCACUUACUACUAGUAAUGAAGAGGGACUCGCUUUCUUGGCAGUGGCUGAAUUUUUUGAUCAUUUAUUCUUCAGGUGACCACCACAAAGUAGACAAAGAUUCUGCUGGUGUAAGCAUUUUUCAGCAUAAACACUUGAGAUUAUUUCUCCAUUCUCCUGCGGACCUCAUUUUGCAAAAUAUUAAAAGUUAACUGUUAAACAGUUACAUAUUUAAGUUACACAUUUAAGUUGCUGCUGCAUUAAUUGCAACCCCAGUAUUCAGAUUGCCUAAGCACAAAAUCCCCCUCAGAUUUCUUUGCUAAGUCUUUUUUCAGCCCAAUACAAUGGCGCCACCCUGAUCUUGCAGUACCCGGUGCUAGCGUUGGUCUAAUACAAGUACUGUAGUGUUUCAGAUGUGGUCAAGCCAAUGAAUGGGCUGAAAUCUUUAAGGAUAAAAUUCCCCCCAGUCGAGCUGUAUGCUACAAUAAUGCCAUCUUUGUACAGACGCCAUGCCUCUACAGCCGUAUGUUUGGCUUCUAUUGCUACAGGAGGGGACUUUGCACUCGGGCCCUCCAGUCGUUGUUUCUCUGAUAUUUGUACCAAUAUCUCUGAAAUGGCUGCAGCCACUGUAUGUUCCCAACACUUCAUUUUGAACUCCCUGAAAGUUUUUGUAAGAAAUUAUUAAAAUAAUUUUGCUCUCAC